AUGAGUAUAGCGAACAACAUUAAGACUACUCUUCAUGAAAUCGAUGAUGCUCAGGAAUUUAUGAAAGCAGUUGGGGAACGCUCUCAAACUGCAGAUAAGUCUCUCGCUGGGACACUAAUGGCUACACUAACCACCAUAAAGUUUGAUGGUUCGCGAUCCAUUCAUGAGCAUGUCGUCGAAAUGACGAACCUGGCAGCAAGAUUGAAAGCUUUAGGGAUGACUGUGGAUGAUAACUUUCUGGUGCAGUUUAUCUUGAAUUCACUGCCCCCUGAGUAUGGUCCAUUCCAAAUGAACUAUAAUACCAUGAAAGAUAAAAGGAAUGUGAAUGAACUUCACAGUAUGCUAGUUCAAGAGGAAACACGGCUUAAAAAUCAUUGCUCUCAUUCAAUUCAUCUUAUUACCAACCAAGGAGCUGGUAGGAGAGUCGGGAAUAAAAAAGUGAAGGGCAAGCGCGGACCAUUGAAAGUGAAUGUGCCGUCUGCCCAAGCCCCGAAGAAGGAACUCAAUGAUGUCAAGUGUCGCUUUUGUGGAAAAUCCAGACACUUUCAAAGAGAUUUCCUGAAACGAAAGACUUGGUUCGAAAAGAAAGAGAUUCCUUACGAUCCAAACCACAAAGCCAAAUGA